GAUACAAGAGCUCUGCCUACGUCACCACUCAUCGACACACCACCCCUUUCCCCCCCUCAUUUAACACAUUUCCGCAAAGUUUACAAGCAUCAGAUGCCUCGCACUUAACCGAGUUGUUAUUCAGCGUCUGACCUCAGAGCGGAUAAAGAUGAGUGAAAUCAAAGCAAAGGAUUUCGCUCCGACUGGCGACGCCGGAGAGGAAAAGGACGCGGCCAAAGCGCACUUUGACAACCUCAAAACCAACAAGCCGAGACCUCCGAAGCCCCAGUACGCGGUCACCAUCGCCGUCUCGUCUCGCACCCUCUUCAACAUGGUGACGGAGAGGAAGAUCUACGAGGACCAAGGGCUCGAGGAGUACGUGGCUUAUCAGCGGGAUCAUGAGAACGAGCCGCUAAUGCCGGGACCCGCGUUCCCCUUCGUCAAGGCGCUGAUGACCGUCAACGCCCGACUGAGGCAGCUCUACCCGGACAGCGAGGAGCUGUUCGAUAUCGUCUUAAUGACCAACAACCAUGCCCAGGUUGGAGUACGCCUCAUAAACAGCAUUAAUCACUACGAUUUGACCAUAGAGCGAUUCUGUAUGACCGGGGGGGAAAGUCCCACGGGCUACCUGGAGGCCUACAUGACGAACCUCUACCUCUCCAAGGACUCGGAGAAAGUCUCGGAGGCCAUAGAGGAAGGCAUCGCCGCGGCCACGAUGUUCAUGGCGGUGAAGGAGAACGAGCUGAGCGACACCCAGCUGAGAGUGGCGUUUGACGGCGAUGCCGUCCUCUUCUCGGACGAGUCAGAGAUCAUCGUGAAGGAAGGCGGACUGGACACCUUCUUUGCGCACGAGAAGAAGUUUGAGAACACGCCCCUCGCGCAGGGUCCCUUAAAGUGUUUCCUGGAGGCUCUUGGGAAGCUGCAGAGAAAAUUUUACGCCAAGAACGAGCGCUUGAACUGUCCCAUCCGGACCUUCCUGGUGACGGCCCGCAGCGCGGCCAGCUCGGGGGCUCGCGUCCUGAAGACCCUCCGCAGCUGGGGCCUGGAGAUCGACGAGGCCCUCUUCCUGGCCGGGGCUCCCAAAGGGCCCCUGCUGCAGAAAAUCAAACCGCACAUCUUCUUUGACGACCAGAUGUUCCACAUUGAGGGGGCCCGGGAGCUGGGAACCAUAUCUGCGCACGUCCCCUACGGGAUCGGUCAGAAGUACAACAAGGGGAAGCUCAUCGAGUCGCCUGCGAAAAAGAAAUGACCAAGAACCGGUUGAAACGGCCACAACGCUGCAAAACAUCACCGUGCAUUUAAAAUGAUCUGUUAAAAGAUUACCAGCAAGUUUUUUUAAAGGAUUGCAGCAAUUCCUGUUUCACUAUUUCACUGAAUACUGUUCUAUAGGUAUAAACACGGGAUUAAGACGAGGCCUUUUAUCUGUACACACUUUCUCCUUUUGAGAGAGAUUCGUUUAUCAUAUCAUUUGUAUCCGUGCCUUUUUUAGAAUAUAUCUGAAUAAUAUGCUGGAGUAGAUCUUAUUUUUGCUGCAUUGGCUCUUUAAUUGCUUUUAAACGUAAAGAUCGUGAACUGGUUAAAUUACGCCUUUUUUUUGUAGUCUGGUAUAACGUUUCUCAUUUGUUUGGGCAUAUUGGUAUCUGCUGAUAGUAAUAAAUGCUCACUUACAUGUAUUUCUGUUGGCUAAUUAUGAACACUGAUGCUGUUUUUCCUUACGGCCUUUGUUGUGGAUGCUCGACUGUUAUUAAGAGACUUCAUAUUUCUCGUUAAACCUUGAUACACCUGUACACUGUACCUCUUUAUCAGGCAGCGCACUAUAACUACACUUUUCUGUCACGUCAUGGUGCUUUUAUAUAGGAACGAGUGCAUAUUGUAAACAUUUUUGCAUUUUGAAUUAGAUUUAUUUUCUUACUGCAUAAAGAUAAGAAGUUAAGAAAAAUGUUUUCAUAACUAUACAUCAUUGUGGAGUUCUACAGUUACACUUGUUUGAAAGUCUUUGUAUCAUGUGGUGUUUUGAAUUGAUUGAAUCGUUUACACAAUUACAACUUGUUUGCACAAUUUCA